AUGGAGGAACGUGGAUCCCCCGACGGGGACCCCUCGCGGAGCCUGGAGCAGGGAUCAGAGGGGCCGGAAACGCCCAUCCAGGUGGUGCUCAGGGUGCGUCCCAUGAGCGCAGCCGAGCUGCGUCGAGGGGAGCAGAGCGCGCUACACUGCUCAGGGACCCGGACGCUGCAGGUGAGCCCCCCGGGCGGGGGCCCAGACGUGGCGUUCCGCUUCGGCGCGGUGCUGGACGGGGCGCGCACGCAGGAGGACGUGUUCCGGGCGUGUGGCGUGCGGCGCCUGGGCGAGCUGGCGCUGCGCGGCUUGUCCUGCACCGUCUUCACCUUUGGCCAGACAGGCUCCGGGAAGACCUACACCCUGACCGGACCUCCUCCCCAGGGGGAGGGAGUGCCCGUACCCCCCAGCCUGGCUGGCAUCAUACAGAGGACCUUCGCCUGGCUGUUAGACCGUGUGCAGCACCUGGGUGCCCCUGUCACCCUUCGCGCCUCCUAUCUGGAGAUCUACAAUGAGCAGGUUCGGGACUUGCUGAGCCUGGGGUCUCUCCGACCCCUCCCUGUUCGCUGGAACAAGACCCGGGGCUUCUAUGUGGAGCAGCUGCGGGUGGUGGAGUUUGGGAGUCUGGAGGCCCUGAUGGAACUUCUGCAAAUGGGUCUUAGCCGUCGAAGGAGCUCAGCCCACACUCUGAACCAGGCCUCUAGUCGCAGCCAUGCACUGCUCACACUCUACAUCAGCCACCAAACUCCCCAGCAGAUGCCUCCUGUGGAUCCUGGGGAGCCUCCUGUUGGUGGGAAGCUGUGCUUUGUAGACCUGGCUGGCAGUGAGAAGGUAACAGCCACAGGAUCCCGUGGGGAGCUGAUGCUUGAGGCCAACAGCAUCAACCGCAGCCUGCUGGCCCUGGGUCACUGCAUCUCCCUGCUCCUGGACCCACAGCGGAAGCAGAGCCACAUUCCUUUUCGGGACAGCAAGCUCACCAAGUUGCUGGCAGACUCACUAGGGGGGAAUGGGGUCACCCUCAUGGUGGCCUGCGUGUCCCCCUCAGCCCACUGCCUUCCUGAGACUCUCAGCACUCUGAGAUAUGCAAGUAGAGCUCAGCGGGUCACCACCCGGCCACUGGCCCCCAAGUCUCCUGUGGCAAAGCAACCCCAACGUUUGGAGACUGAGAUGCUACAGCUCCAGGAGGAGAACCGUCGCCUGCGGUUCCAGCUGGACCAAAUGGACCCCAAGGCCUCGGGGCUCAGUGGGGCCCGGGUGGCCUGGGCCCAGCGGAACCUCUAUGGGAUGCUACAGGAGUUCAUGCUGGAGAAUGAGAGGCUCAGGAAAGAAAAGAGCCAGCUGCAGAGCAGCCGAGACCUGGCUUGGAAUGAGCAGCACGUCAUGUCCCAACAGGUCCAUGAGCUAGAGAGGUGCCUCCUCUCUGCCUCCUACCUUCACCAGCUGGACCUUGGCCCAGCCCCACCGUAUCCCUGCUUUAUGGCACCAGCUCCCCCCUGCCAUGCACUGCCACCCGUCUGCUCCUGCCCCUGCUGCCACCUCUGCCCUCUGUGCGGAGCACCUUUGGCCCACUGGGCCUGCCCACGAAGGGAGCGCCACCUGCCACAGGCACUAGGUCCAGAAGCUCCAGGUGGCAUGCCCCUGUCUGCCCGGCUCCCACCCUGGGUACCCCCAUGCAGCCCCAGUUCUGCCAAGUGCCACAGAGAGAGGAGUCACAGCGACUGGACCCAGACCCAAGUCCUGGCAGAGAUGCUGACUGAGGAGGAGGUGGUACCCUCUGCACCCCCCUUGCCCACGGGGCCCCCAAACACAUCACCAGUGUUGAGAGGUGGGGCCGGGGUUCCAAACCUGGCCCGGAGACUGGAGGCCCUCAGAGACCAGAUUGGCAGCUCCCUACGACGUGGCCGGAGUCAGCCACCCCCCAGUAAGGGUACACGGAGCCCAGGCCAAGUCCUCCCUCCCUGCUGA